AUGUACUCGCCGAGCGGCGAAUCACAAAACCCAUCGGUACCGUCAAAACCCCUCCUCCACACCGGCGACACUUCAAGCCCCGGUUGUCUUGGCAACCAAUCUCGAGGCCCUGGCUCAACAUCCCCGUUGUCGUCCUCGCCGUCCGGUGUCGUCGCAACAGUCUGUUCGUCGGCCUCGUCGUCGCUUGCUGUUUCGGUCGGCGAGGCUGUCUGUGAAGGCACCAAGGCGACCGGAGAGCUGGCCAAUGUGCGAUGUCGUCUGGACACAAAAGACCUCUGGGACAGAUUCAACGAUCUGGGCACGGAGAUGAUCAUCACCAAGUCGGGCCGGUGA